CACCUGGCUUGGGUGCGUCGUCCCGAGAACGAACAGAACAAUGGCGAUCCUGAAGGGGCACUCGUCCACUGACAGUGACGGUGCCACGAGCUUCGACGGAGAAGAGGGCGCCGCCGUGGCCGUCCUCAGCGACGACGUGCUGGCGGAGAUCAUCCUCAGGCUGCCCGUCAAGUCCGUGGCGCGGUCCACGUGCGUGUCCAAGGCCUGGCGCGCCGCCAUCUCCGACGCCUACCUCCGGCGCAGGCUCCCGCCGCAGCUCGCUGUGGUCUACUUCCCCGAGGACCCCGCCCGGGGCCGUGCCCCGCGGUUCGCGUGCGCGGCCGGCGGUCGGCUCGAGGACCGCGACCUCGGCUUCUUCCCGUUCCUCGAGGGCGCCGUGGCCUGCGACGCGCGCGGCGGCCUCCUCCUGCUGAGUGCCGCCGGCACCACGCGGUUCUUCGUCGUCGACCCCGUCACGAGGCGCUGGGCCGCGCUGCCGGCGCCGUCGCGGGACCCGCGCCUCUCCAUGCUGGCCUUCGACCCGGCGUCCGGGUCCGGCGCCGGCCGCUUCCACGUGGUCUGCUUCACGGGGCGGUGGCGCGAGCGCGGGGCCGAGGUGGAGAUGUUCUCGUCCGAGGCGUGGGCGUGGGCCGUGCGCGACGCGGAUUUCGGCGUGCCCCCGGGCGCGCUCUCCGGCUCCAUGCACUUCCACCGCGGCGCCGUCUACGCGCUCGCCUCCGAUCCGGACUGCGUCGUGCGCAUGGACGUCGUCGCCUCCGCCGACGGCGACCACGGCGACCUCGCGUGCGCCGUCGCCGAGCUCCCCGAGCCGGUGGGCGGCCAUGGCAGCCUCGCGCACUCCGGCGGGCGCUUGCACUACGUGGCCAGUGGCGGCGCGCUGCUCAAGAUCUGGGUGCACGACGACGACGACGGCUCAAAGCCCUCAGCGCACCAGUGGCGGCUGAAGCACGCCGUCAGGCUCGACGAAGUCGACGUCGCGGGGGGAGGGGGCAGGGGAAACGUAGCCAGGUUCCUGGCGCUGCACCCGGAGAAGGACGCGAUGUACGUGUGGUCGACGUGGAGGCUCCUGGAGUAUGACCUGACGAGGAAGGAGGUCACCGGAGCCUGGGAGUUUGACAAGUUCGGCGAGAAGAACUGUGUCGUCAAGGCCUGGCUCGUGCCGUCGUCGCUGUACCUGUCGGAUUGCCUGGCUGAUGGCCACGUGUACAGCUUAAAUUCUCGAUAGCCUGCUAGGUGUAGAAUAGAUGACGUUAGCAUUAGCAUAGGAUCAACACAACGUUGAGAGACGUCUGAGACGUCUCCUGCUCUCUGCUGCUCUGUAGGAGUAUAGAUUAAGACUAAAGCCUUUUAAGUUAGCUGAUGCUUGUUUGUGUAGCAUUGUAUAGUUGCAUACGCUUC